AUGGCGACCAUCUUUGGUGGAGUUCUCGUGUUCUUGGUGCUUUUUUUCCUGACGAAGAGAUUGAGUUUUACUCGCCAGCGAUUGCCUCCAUCCCCACUGAGCCUACCUUUGAUCGGCCAUCUCCAUCUCUUAACAAGAAUGGCUCACCAAUCUCUCCAGGUUCUCUCGAAUAAAUAUGGCCCAAUUCUCUAUCUCAAGCUGGGAAUGGUUCCAACUAUAGUGGUGAGCAGCCCCGAUAUGGCGAGAGAGAUUCUCAAGACACACGAUGCAAAGUUUUCUUCCAGGCCUUACUUUCUCGUUGGAGAGUAUUUCUCAUAUGGUUACUGCGGAAUGGGAUUCACUUCUGGUGGUGAGCACUGGAAGAACUUGCGAAAGUUGUGUGCCACGGAGCUCUUCACCAUAAAUCGAAUUGACUCGUUUGAAUGGGUGAGAAAGGAGGAGAUUUCUCGAAUGAUAUCAACUAUUGAGAAUACGACUGGCGUGAUCAAUAUGAGAAAUCUCCUGAUCACGUAUGGUUUUAACGUUAUGACUGAGACUGUGAUGAGCAAGAGAUUCUUCUGCGAGAACGGAGCUUUGCUGGAUGCUGAUCAAGCCAGAGAAUUCAAGAAGGUCUCAAUCGAGACUGUAGAGAUGGCUCUCAAGUUUCAUAUUAGUGAGUUUGUCCCGUCUUAUUUGAGGUGGAUCGACUGGAACAUUCCAAAGGUGAAAAUUCUCCAAGCAAAGUCAGACAAGUUUAUGCAGCAAAUUGUCCAAGAGCACAAGAGAAGCAAAAACUCGAGAAAGACCAAAGAUUUUAUGGAUGUUUUGCUGGAAAGCUUCACAGAUUCAUCAAACAAGCAGUCACUUAAAGCUGAGAACACGGUCAAAGCACUCACAAUGGAAUUACUUGCUGGAGGAACAGAUACAAGUGCCUCGAGCAUUGAAUGGGCACUCAUGGAACUUCUUCUCAAUCCACACACCAUGGUUAAAGCCCGAGAAGAGCUAGUCAAAUUCGUUGACUUGACCAACUCUACAGUCAACGAGGGUGAUCUUCCGAAGUUAACUUAUUUGAACGCUGUGAUCAAAGAAACAAUGAGGCUCCAUCCACCAGCACCACUCUUGGUUCCCCACAAGUCAACUGUAGAAUGCAAAAUCGCAGGCUUUGACAUUCCUAAAGGAACCACAACCAUUGUCAACUUAUAUGCCAUUGGAAGAGAUCCAAAUGUGUGGGAGAAUCCAACAAAGUUUUGUCCCGAGAGAUUCCUUGGAGACUCCAGGAUUGACGUCAAAGGACAAAACUUUGAGCUCAUUCCCUUUGGAUCCGGGCGAAGAACUUGCCCCGGGAUGAUCCUUGGCCUUAGGAACGUCCAGCUCGUACUAGCAAAUUUGAUCCAUCGUUUUGAGUGGGCGCUCAUCCCGGGGCGAGAGUAUGGAGUUGAAGAAACCACUGGGACUGUGAACUGGGCGAAAACUCCGCUAGAAGUGCUAAAGCGCUAA